ACCCAACGAGAUUAUGUAGAAAAAUCCUGAUAAAAUUGCCACAACGAGCCAAUUAUCUCUAAUGGGUUUUUGAGUUCCAACGCUAUAAAUACCGCUUCCUUCUUCUGUGAUUUCACGAGACGGGAGAGGCGAUUGAAAUUCCCCUUCUGUCCUCUUCAUUCUUCUUCUUCUUCUUCUUUGCUCUGUUUCUCUCUGCGAACGUUGAAAGGAAAAGAACAAGAACAAGAACAAGAAUGGCUCUGAAAGCAGUUCACGUCUCCGACGUGCCGAGUCUCGAUAAGGUCCCGGAUACCGCCGCAUUGGGCCUCUCUCCCCAACCCCGCUUCCUUCGAGAAGCGAACGAGGUGGACGGCGAGCCGAAGAAGAUGGUGGUGAUCGGACACCGAGGAAGCGGGAUGAACGCGGUGCAAUCGGGCGAUAGGAGGAUGCGAGCCAUCAGAGAGAACUCGAUCCUCUCUUUCGAGGCCGCCGCCGCUUUCCCCGUCGGCUUCGUCGAAUUCGACGUUCAGGUGACCAAAGAUGACUGCCCAGUCAUUUUCCACGACAACUUUAUCGUCUCCGAACACGAGGGAGAGGUCAUUGAGAAAAGGGUUACGGACCUCACCUUAGACGAGUUUCUCUCGUACGGACCCCAAGAGUCGCCUGAAGAGGUAGGAAAGCCUCUGUUUAGGAAAACCAAGGAUGGGAGGAUAUUCGAGUGGAAGGUUGAGAAUGAUGCUCCUCUAUGCACCUUGCAAAAAGCGUUCGAGAAAGUCCAUCCCUCGAUCGGCUUCAACAUCGAAUUGAAGUUCGAUGAUCAGAUUGAGUACGAAGAAGACGAACUCGUCCGUAUUCUUCAAGUUAUUCUCGAGGUAGUGAGCAACUAUGCCAAGGACAGGCCUAUCCUGUUGUCAAGUUUCCAACCUGAUGCAGCCAUUUUGAUCAGGAAGCUGCAAAGCACUUACCCGGUGUUCUUCCUCACUAAUGGAGGGACUGAAAUUUACAAGGACGAAAGAAGGAACUCGUUGGACGAGGCGAUUAGGGUAUGUUUAGCCGGCGGACUGCAAGGGGUCGUGUCCCAAGUGAAGGCCAUCUUCAGAAAUCCCAGUGCCAUCAACAGAAUCAAGGAGUCCAAUCUCUCCCUAAUCACCUAUGGCCAGCUAAAUAACGUUCCCGAGGUCGUGUACAUGCAAUAUCUGAUGGGCAUCGAUGGAGCGAUCGUCGAUUUCGUUCCGGAGAUCACGGAGGCUGUCUUGGACAUCACAGGCCCUGCCAAGGAGGGCGGGGGAGAGACGGGAUCAGCAGCAGAGGCCAAGGCCAAGCCCCGGUUUUCGCAGCCCGAACUCUCUUUCCUGCUGAAGCUGAUACCGGAGUUGAUACAGUCCUGAAAGUGUCUUUCAAAUUGUUCAGAAAGAACCAAUUUCUGUGAAACUCCACCUAACAUUUUAGCAAGUCUAAAUGCCCUCAUUGUCCUUCUAAUCACCCCCAGGGCUCUUUGUUCUUGGAGAGUAGCGGCCAUGUUAGUGUACAGAUUAGUUUCUCACUCGCUCUUCCCUCUGGUCAGAUCCUGUUGCUUGGUUGUACUCUUAACCCCAAGUGUUCUUGCAAGAAAUGUAUGGUUUGAGACUCAGAACGGUGUUGUUGACAAAUGCUCAUGUGA